UCUAAAUAGCCAUUAGGUGGUGAAUACGCGGCAGUAUUUUCCAAUAGAUUUGGCCACGCUUCUCGUACGUACUAGCAGGUAUAUUGUCUACUCGAAUCUAGUCCUGAAGGAUAUUUGAACUUGCCUUUGUCCUACCAAGUCCCCAUCUCUUCAGACCUCCCCAGUGUGAUGACCUUCUGUCCUUCAUGGUCCCGUAGGACUGACUUUCCCGGCUUACGACUUAUUCAGCUCUGUUACCCCAACCAAGAAACAAGAUCCAUUUCAGUUUGCCUGUCUCCUUAAUAAACGCUCCUUGUACUGCAUUUGGGUCCCUGAAUAUCUGUCAUAACACUAUGGAUGAAUUUGAAAUAAUUACUGAUGAAGAUGUGCAAGAUAUCAGAGAGGCAAUGGAGAACAACAGCUUGGCUACAGCAGCUAAAAAGUUUCAAGACUAUUUUAAACAACUGGAUAAUGUUACUCUGAACAUUGCUAUCACUGGAGAGUCCGGUUCUGGGAAGUCCAGCUUUAUUAAUGCUUUCCGAGGGAUUGGGGAUGAUGAUGAAAUCAUCUCAGCCCCCACUGGUGUAGUGGAGACUACCAUGGAGCCUAAAUCUUACCCUUACCCAAAGUAUCCCAGUGUCCAGCUGUGGGAUCUACCUGGAAUCGGAACCCCCAACUUCAAGGCAGACACAUACCUUCAGGAUGUUGAAUUUAAACGCUAUGAUUUCUUCAUCAUCAUUGCAUCAGAGCGUUUUAGGUCCAGCAACGUACAGCUGGCCAUGGAGAUCCAGAAAAUGAAGAAGAGGUUCUAUUUUGUGCGCUGCAAGAUUGAUGAGAAUAUCCGUGCAGAAAAAAGAAAGAAAACCUUUGACCAUGAUAAGACAUUAAAAACAAUCCGAGAUGACUGUAUUAAAGGCCUUCAGAAACAGGGCUUAACUUCCCCCACAGUCUUCCUGAUUUCCAGCUUUGAAUUGGGAGGCUAUGAUUUCCCUUUACUUGAAGAGACCAUGGAGAAGGAGCUUCCCAAGCACAAGAGGCAUGUCUUGCUGUUGUCCCUGCCCAAUAUGAGCCUAGAAAUCAUUGAGAAAAAGAAGGCAGCCUUGAAGGCAGACAUUUGGAAGAUGGCCGUACUAUCAGGCACAGUAGCUGCCAUACCCUUCCCAGGCCUAUCAGUUGCUGUUGAUGUGACUAUUUUGGUCAAAGAGAUCUCCAGAUAUUAUUUGGCAUUUGGCCUAGAUGAUGAUUCUUUGAGAAAGCUCUCUGACAGAACAGAUGUACCCUUUGAAGAUCUGAAAUCGGUUCUCAAAUCUCCCCUUAAUAAGGAGAUAACAGCUGAUGUGGUCAUUAAGCUGCUGACCAAGGCAGCUGGAGGUGGGUUAAUGGCUCUUGAGUACCUGAUCAGCAACAUUCCUGUUUUUGGAUCCAUAGCAGCUGGUGGGAUUUCCUAUGGAACCACCUACUCCAUGUUAAACAGCUGCCUGAAUGAGCUGGCUGAGGAUGCACAAAAUGUGCUGAUGAGGGCUAUACAGUCUGAAGUGUAACACAGUGUACUCACCUGCGAUAAAUUCAUUUCCUGCAUAUUGAGUAUAUCUAACAUGUUUAUGCCACUCCAUCAUGUGUAUGUCAUUGUUAUUAGGAAAAGGGUAUAUAUGUAUUCAGAUAUAAUAAUUCAAAUUAAUUCUCCCUUGUUUAAAAAAUAAUCACAUUACAUUCAGUUACUUCUUAAUAUGCCAGUUCAUUUCCAUCCAGUCAUUCUCUUGGCACAGUGUGCAGCUCAACAGGCUAACCUUUUGUGGCUGUGAGGGGAGGGUUGCUGGUUCAAUCCUGGCUUUGGCAGAAUGGCAUAACCCUCAGCUGCAUGGGCACUGCUGCAGGUGGCUGUCCUUUACUGCUGAGCUUGCUCUCAUCUACAUGUGUGUCAUGGAGAGCAAGAGGGGUUUGGCAAAAAGAGACUUUGCCCACAGGGGUCAAUAAAGUGUCACCAUAUUAUAAAUGUCUGGGUAUCACUGUAGUUGGUCAUUUAAUGUCUUAUUAAUUACCCAUCUGGAUGAUUAUUGUAGCUAGCUUGCCAUUUUUAAUCAUAAUUACAUUACUGGUAGAAGGUCAGAUUUUAUUAUAAAAUACCUGAUUGUAUCAAAGUCAUAUCUAAAUAAAAUCAUAUUCUAAAUAAAA